GCAAUAUCGACGCGCAUUUCAAAUCUCGGCUCAUAAUGCAUCAUUCCAGAUGGUGGACAAAUCUUGGAAAGGACGACAGGGAGCGAUCAAAAGCCUUCGACAUGCUCUCACAGGCCAGGAUGGAUUGGGCGGUCUUCGCUCGCAUAGCCCUCGGAAGAGCCUUGAGAGAUGUACGGGCUUAUGUACUGAAUCCGAAGAAGCGUUUGAUCGAGACUACGGCAAACAGCUCUUCUGCUGCCAAGGAAUAG